CUGGGGGUGCAGCAGGGGGGCUCGCAGCAGCUCUCUGGGCAGUCGUCCACCUGCCAGGAGGACUCUGGGCAAGAGCUGGAGCAGACGGACAUGGUGGAGGCGGCCAUGGAAAAAGCACCAACGGGACCGUGAGGAGGACGCCCGUCGGGAGGAGAGCUCAACUGGAGGGCAGGGUGGCCUGUCCCCUGCGGGGCGUGCUUCUCGGAGCCUCGUGUCCUCCCUGCUCUGCCAAACCCACAGAGGACACAGAAGGGCACAGUCCUGACCCGACUUGCCAAUAAUGUCAGGGGAAGCCUCAGAAUGCGCAGCCCCCGGUGGUCCUGCCCGACGGCUCCUCCGCCGCCCGCGGUCCUCGCGGGUCCACCCACCCAGCCACCAUCGGCCUGUGGCCACCGCCCGUCUGUCACGUAUCUGUCAUGUUUACCCCUCUCCCUGCUGUGCUGCUCUUCCCGGGCCUGUCCCUGUCCCUGACGUCCAUCGCUGCCAGCCGUCUCUGCCCAUGUGCCCCCGUCCUGUGUGGUUCAGGCCCGGACACGCGCACACCCCGCACACCUGGCACGUGUGUGUGCGCGUGCGGAAACAGAACCCAGGGCCUGCGGAGGCCGAGCGGUGCCCUCCCGCUGAGUGGCGCCGUGUCCUCAUGCCGGUCAGGGUGCACCUAGGUACCCCCAGUGUCACAGGGGCCUCGUGGUCCUGGCGUGGCCGGGAGGGCCUGGCCUGGGCUGCCCAGGGCCCUCUGGGUUUUCACUCUCGGCGUCCAGGCGAGGAGCUCGCAGCCCUGGUCAGGCCACGUCCCCGCUCCCCGAGGAGGCCCCACGGGGGCCCACCCGGCUCCUGUGGGUGUGGCAGGGCACAGGAGUGUGGCGUGUGGCGGGCCACCUCCUCGCCCCACGAGCCCUCGUGGGCAGUGGGCAGUGGCUCUGGGCUUCCCUGGGCCUUCUCCAGACGCACCGUGAGGCCCUCAGGCUGCUGCCCGCGGUGUCCACGUAGGGCUGCGGGGAGGCUUCGUCAGGACGGUCCCCUCCUCUCCCAGGGCCGCACCUCCACUUGGUCACGUCCCCCGUUUCCUCUCAGCUCCAUCUGGCCGUGUCCCCACCCCUCACAGUCCCUCCCGCCUGGCCACCUGACAUCAGGCCACCGGCCGUUCACAGGUACGGUCCUCGCGCUCUCUAGCGACCGCGUCCUCCGUGGCCCUGCUUCAGUGUGAUGCUGGAAGUCCCCAUCGUCACCUCUGCUUUCUUAAGACGCGUGACCCUCAGGUUUCCUGGCUCGGAGCCGGACGACUGUGGGUCUGUCCUACUGUCUGGGUCCUCGGCCUGUUUCCUGGUGACUGUGACUCCUGGUGGCCUCUCGGACAUGGCUGUGACGUCUCCCAAGCUCGGGUGGCUCACGGUGGCUUUCUGCUUCUCGGUUCCCCCCUGCCCAGCGUGACAUCUGCCCACACAGUUGGGGCGGGGCUGCAGAGGGCUCAGGUUCCGUCCAACCCGCUGCCCUCUGGCUCUGCUGCCCCUCAGCCCAGUGCGUGGGCCUCCCUCGCCCGGGCUCCCCUCCACCCUCAGUGUCCGGCCCCCAGACCUGAGGUGGAUGCGCUCCACCAAGGCCCUGUCCCAGCUGUCCUGAGCAGGGGUGUGUGGGACACAGUGCUGUCACAGACGGUGGCUCCCAGGGCAGCCGAUGCCGUCUGUCAGUGCCUGGACCCCAGAGGCCGGCCAGCCUGCAGAGCACCCCGUUCUCUCCUCCAACCUGCACGCAGACGAGUCAGCCCGCAGUGAGCUCCCCGCACCCCGCCUUCUUCCUGCCCAGGAUCCUAGGGGUCCACCCCCAGAGGAGACGGGGCCUGGCGCCAGGCACCAGCAGGCCCUCAGUCCACCACCGGCCUGCUCCACCUUGUGUGCUGGGGACCCCUCCCAGGGCUGCAGGGUCUCCCCUCCCCUGCUCCUGCCUUUCCAGCCGCGGGGGGCGGGAGGUGAGCGGCGUCUUGGUCACACACGGAGGGUCCCAUGGUGAACGCAAAGGGUUUGACGCAUUUCUCAGUGACAACCAGAAGGACCUGGUGGCUGGUGGCUGUCAGUUGAGAAGUCAGGGACCUCGGUUCUCAGGGGUCCAACUGGGGACCCAAGGGACCAUCCAGCGACCCAGGAAGUGGACAGGAGACACGAAGUCUGCCCUUGCUGUUUGCAUGGGGCUUUGGGGGCUGCAGAGGAGGGCCGGGCGUCACAAGCGUCACAGCCGCCCAGCUGGGUGCUGGUCAAGGCCCCCGAGGGGGGAGGCUGAGGCAGACACUGGGCUGAGCCCGGAGGUCAGAUGGGCUGCUGGUGGGCACUGCCCAGCGAGGGGGCCUGUGGGGACAAGUGCUGCCGCCCGCUGCAGCACGGGGACUUCCUGCACCAGGGAGCACCAAGUCCCUGCUAGAAACGUCCACCUCACAGCCCUCCGACAGCCCUCCAGCCACCAGCCAGGGGCGACGGGACGGUGGGCUUCUCUGCUGGAAGCUCUGGUCAGUUGUGCCUCCCCCACGGGGCCAGGGAAGGGUGCGGGGCGUCGGCUGCCCACGCAGGCCCAGGGCCUUUACGAGCUGAGCUGCACCUCGGAGCCAACAGCACGCGGAAGCUAACGAGGGCUCGCGUCCUCACCACGGGGAAGAGGGCGCUGCGGGCCAGGCAGGGAGCCCUAUAAAAGCCCCGCAGCCCGGGCUGCUCACACUCACCACACACUCACCCACACACUCACCCACACACCCACCCUCCUCCAGCACAC